UUUAUGCUUUGACAUCAGCUGUUCUGCCUCCAGAGAAGGACUGAGGCAGUAGAGACGGAGAGCUCCAUAAUUAUCCUUUUCAUUAUGUUGCUUUUAUGUAUUUUAGCGAGCAUCGUCGUGUGCGUGUUUUUAGCCAUCACAUUUUCAGCGCAAAUCAGAAAAUAUGCAGCAGGAGCAGAGUGCACAUCACAAACUCGACUCGAUGGAAAGACAGUCCUCAUCACAGGAGCCAACACAGGGAUCGGGAAGGAAACAGCUCUCGAUCUGGCAACAAGAGGAGCCCGGGUGAUCAUUGCCUGCAGAGACGUAGAGAAAGGAGAAGAGGCUGCUGCUAGCAUACGCAUGUCCUACUCCAGAGCAGAUGUGGAGGUCAGAGAGCUAGAUUUGGCCGAUACCUGUUCAAUACGAGCGUUUGCACAGAAAUUUCUCAGAGAGGUCAACCAACUUCACAUUCUCAUAAACAACGCAGGAGUGAUGAUGUGUCCCUACACCAAAACUGUGGAUGGCUUUGAGAUGCACAUCGGAGUAAAUCAUUUAGGUCACUUCCUGUUGACGUACUUGCUGAUUGGUCUCCUGAAGCGCAGUGCUCCCUCCCGGAUCGUGGUGGUCUCGUCACUGGCCCAUAAUUUUGGCUGGAUUCGCUUUCAUGACCUCCACAGCCAGGGCAGCUACAACAGUGGAUUAGCUUACUGCCAAAGCAAACUGGCAAAUGUGCUUUUUACCAGGGAGUUGGCGCGCAGACUGCAAGGCUCUAAUGUGACAGUGAAUUCAGUGCACCCUGGGACGGUGAACUCUGACCUGACGCGGCACUCAACUGUGAUGAUGAUCCUGUUCACGGUGUUUUCCAUGUUUCUGAAAACGCCUCGAGAAGGAGCUCAGACCAGUAUCUAUUGUGCUGUGGCCGAAGAGCUCCACGCCAUCUCUGGGAAACAUUUCAGUGACUGCGCCCCUGCCUUCGUCGCUCCCCAGGGCAGAAGCGAAGAGACAGCUCGCAGACUCUGGGAGGCCAGCUGUGAGCUACUUGGCAUCGAAUGGGACUGAUUUUUAUAAUAAAUAUACUGUAUACCUAUCUUAGAUCCAAAAGGAGGGCUUAACCUUCAAAGUAUCAUCUUUCUCAAUUGUUUUAUCUGAUUUGUCCUCAUCAGACUUUGAAUACAAUCUUUAUAUCCAGGUUACAAGCUGUACGAUAAUGUGAAUUUGCUUAUCUUGUGUGAUAUUGCUGUAAGUACUUAGAUAUACAGCACUGUGCAAAAGUUUAAAGAUACACUAUGUAUCUUUUCUGGUCAGGGGGUCUGCCAUUUUCUUGUUUCCAUGGAGAUAUGUGUGCUUUGUCUGGAGUGUUGCACAGUAUGGUAUAAAACUUAUCUAUCUUGCAUUAUUUCAAUUGCAGGUAUUUUUAUAGAUAUUAUUAAAAGAAAUACACUGAAAUAGCAUGCAUCCUUAUGGUGAGUGGGCUCGCCUUUCCAAACAUCUGAUCUGUAACUUGGUCUGGUGGCCCACUUUUCUUUAUGGACAUAGACAAGUUAAAUGCCAUUCUGUGGACCAUUCCAUGCAAAACAAUAACAUCUCCAGGGAGCAGGUAGUUGUAUCGUGCAAGAGUCUUAUAAUCUUAUAAGAGUCCUUAAUCUUAUAGUCUUAUAAUUAUCUUAUAAUACAAAUGUAAGCUUAGUCAGUACAGUAUGUGCCAUAGGGAAAUUGAUUAAUGUUGGUGUUGAUUAAGAUUAUGUUUUAAGGGAUUCUUAUGUCAUAUUUUGGGAUAUGGACCUGUACGCCAAACUUAGUUGUUUAAAGAACUAAUAAUUUGUUUAUAUUAAUUAUUAUUGUAAGAUUUUAGUUGUUUUUUUGUGUGUCAUUGAAAAAGCAUUUACCACUAACCUGGAAAAUCUUUGAGUUGGAGACCAUAUCUGGGCACUGUUCCAUCCAUUUUAUUUUAAUUUUUUUUAUUUCAUGUAUUGUGCAUUACUAAACAUUUUGCUUUUUAGGACUUUUGCACAGUACUGUAGUAAUACUUGGGGGUUUCUUGCACAACAACAGGCAAAAAGCCAACCUCACUUGACAGUAUUAUUCUGUAACAAACAAUAACUUUUUAACUAUAUAUUUUUGUGAAACAAUGUGAAUACAAUGUAGGCAAAAAGCAACCUCUCGUGUACUGCUGUAGGAUACUGUGAAGGGUCAAACCAGGGUAAACAACCAGCAUACUGUAUUUUGAUUCAGUCCUUUCCUCGCGCAUUAUAAGCUUGAGCUAAAUUACCUGCUAGCAUUUUACUAAGAUAAAGACACUUGAAGAUGCCAUAUUGUAGAAAUAGGAAAUUACUAUAUUAGCUUCAUUGAUAAUUGCUUAAAUAUUGUCAGAGCAAUGGAGUGUUCAGACCUUUUUGUUUAUGGUUUCCACAUGUUGAAAGCUAUAUCUAGGUGCAAUGUGAAAUCUUAAACGUGAUUGUUUCUUUGGCUUUUGUUACAGUGAUACUUUGCUGAUGCCAUCAAAAUUCCCUGGGGGUGUGAAGCAAAAUGAAAGCAGUGCUCUGUCUGAAGCUCUUUUACUCAAGUUAGACUUAAUUUGAGCUUCAUUUUAACACAAUCUGGCCAGAAAGAACUGACCUGGUCGGAAGUACAACAGGAAUGAUUUGUGCUGUUAAACAAGACUCUCACACAUAAAAUUACAGUCACAAGCUAGAAUAACCAACAGUUUUUCAGUUAGUCACACUCACCUUUUUGUACAAAAUCAAACACCUCAACAGGGCCAUGAACGCUUGUAUUAAUCACAGGCUUUGUUUAUUUUCUUGAAUUUUCUUGAGAUCUUACAACUUUUUUUGUCUGUGUUUGCUAAUGUGGGCAUUGUGUCACCAUGGUAACUACUGAACAUUCCCCCAGUAGAGAUACAUGUAGAACACCCCCCAGCAUGAUGUCACUGGAAAGUAUCAAUACUAUUUCUAGAAGCAGUCAUGAUUUACAAAUGUGCUCUUAACUCUAGGUCUGGGGCUCUAUAGUCUCAAUAACUGUAUAAACCCCGUAAUAUUUCAUUGAGAUGGUCCUCAGUUGGAGGAUAGGCAUGUGAGUUUGGAUAAAAGUGAAGGGAAGAGUUAGUUAUGGGCGCUAUGGUUUGAAAUUCCUAUCAGUUCAUAUCAUAUUUUUAGAGAAGAUGGUGCAAUAUAUAGGAAAAUGUGUCUAGAUAUAGAAAUCUUAAAAUAUAGUUACAUAUUAGGUUUAUAAAUCACUACAGGGGCUGCUGUAUAGCUACAUUUAAAGUUGUUCAAAACAGCAAAACAAACAUGGCAGGAGUUGUGGUGCGCUCACAUCCACAAAAUACUCUAUAUGUAAAGUGAGCACCCCAUUGAAGAAUUUAGCACGCUGAUAGCUCCCCAAACAAAAAUGACUGGUGCCACCCCUGAGAUAAAGACUCAAAUUUAUUUCAAUAUGACAGUUAAUACUGGCAUAUUUACUGCACUUUGGAAGAGCACGUUCCACUGUAGAGAUAUGUGUACACUCUCUGAGGUGAAAUCGGUCAAUUUAUUGUCAUAAUUCUUGUUUUGUGGUCCCAAAUGACAAAGGUCUGGACACUUCUGUUGUUACACAUAAGUUGUAUGUAAAGUGCGGUUGCUUAUGAUUUGGAGAAGUAGACUACAUCAAAUGGGAAACUAAAUAAUGUACCACUUACAUACACGCACACAUGUUGGAUCAAAGAUUACAAAUAUAGGGCUCUGCUGAACAUCUUCAGUGUGUUUGCUUCUCCAAAUCCAGAAUGCUGCAACUGCUCUUUGUUUUGUUAAAUUAGGCUAUAUUAGCACCAAAACAUUAAGCUAUUCCUCACAUAGAGUUUGUAUUUAAAAUAAGUUACCUAGAAUAAUAAGAUUGUGCCAUUGCUAUAUAUUAUUCCCAUUGCCAAAAUGAACACAUCCCCAAAGCAAGAGCACUGUUCUCAUGGUUUUCGCGCUCACAUAUUCAGUACAAACGUUGCCAAGUUUCUAUUCAGUGUUUUAUACAGAAUCUCAUGCCUUUACUACAUUUCCAUUCAUGUUCAGAGUUGAAUGUUUACAUUGAUGUAAAUAAAAUGGACUAUUACUA